AUGGCAGAAGCACAAGCUGUAGCUUUUACGGAUAAUCUUCUGACGUGUAGCAUCUGUCUUGGAGAGUAUGAGGACCCCCGUGUGCUGCCUUGCUACCAUACAUUUUGCUAUGGUUGUAUAUCUGAGCAUGCUACACGAACGACAAAUCAAGACGGGACAUUUCAGUGCCCCCUUUGUAGAGAAAAGAUAAAUUUCCCUAGAGACGGACUUGUGAAACUAAAAAAAGAUUUCCGUGUUCACACAACAAAAGAACUUCUGAGUCAGAAACGGCAACAAGAAGUCUCAUCUCCAAGUAAAGAAACAGAUGUUAAUAGUGUGAACCAAGUGAUCAUCAGUUGUGAGAAACAUCCUAAUAAUGAAUUAAAAUAUUACUGUGAAGAUGAUGAUACUAUUAUAUGUUGUGAAUGUAUAAUAACAGAACACAGUGGUCAUCGUAUUUCAUCAGUUGAGCAAGUUGCAAAAUGCAAUAGAGAUAAAAUUAAAGUUGCUCUAGUGAAAACAAUGAAAACAUUGAACAGGUUUAAAAAUAAAUUUACCAUGGGAACAGUCCGUGAAUCAAGGGACUCUCAAAUCAGGACAGUCACUAUCAAAGACAUCAAAGAUCAAGCACAGAGGAUGCGCAAGUUAAUUGAUCAGAGGGAAGAGACACUGAUAUCAGAGGUGAAUUCUGCUUAUGAUGUCAGAAAGAAGCAGAAUGAAGCAAACAAAAACAUCCUUGAACUUCACCAUGCCUUCAUUCAAAGUACCUGUGAUUUUGCUCAGAAACUUAUCGAUAAUGGCACUGACUCUGAUAUCAUGGCUCAUGCGAAAUCUCUGACAGAGAGACUUGCAGCAAAGGAGAAAACUCCUGUCCCAACUUCAGACAUACUAGCACAGAUAUCUUACCUACCAGGUGAGAUAUCUGCUGCCGGACUGGAAGCCAUGUUAGGACAGGUGACGGUACAGUCACAACCUCCAUUAGCUGAGCGGCGAACUCCACCACGUAAUCGUGCACGUGCACCACCUCUUCCCGAUUUUGCAAAGUUAAGAUGUAUGCAUUCAUUCAAUACAGGGCUGAGAGGUGCCAGUAAAAACUUGAGCAUGUAUCCAACAUACGGAUUAGCCAUUGAUGAGUUACAAGUAUUUGUAGUGGAUAUAUUGCAUGACAGAAUAAAAAUGUACACACAUCUUGGGAAGUUAAAUUUUGACAUUGAUAUAAGAAGACCAUUUGAUUUAACUGUGUCACAAACUGAUCACCUGUAUAUAACAUCAAAAGGGGAGAAAUCUGUGCUAGUGUACACCACUAGAGGUCAGCAGGUGACAACCAUGGGUCAGGGUAAACUGGAGGAUCCACGAGGUAUUACACUGAACAGAGAAGGGCAUGUGAUGGUUUGUGACGGUAAAAAGAAAUCCAUCCUGGUAUUCCAUGCAGACGGUCGACAGCUCCUGGAUACUAUUCCACUCAGUAUGUGUAGAAACCCAACUUACAUCACAGUGAACAGUGUGAAUGAUAACAUUGUGAUAUCAGACGUGGACCAACACUGUGUACAUGUGCUGUCACCUACUGGUGCUCAGCUGUGCCAGUAUGGCAGCACAGAGGGUAGCGGUAAUGGUCAGCUGGCUAGACCAUGUGGAGUGUGUACAGACCGCUAUGGUCACAUCCUUAUUGCUGACUGUAAUAACCAUAGGAUAGUGGCACUGAGUCCCCGGGGACAGUUAAUCAGAUACAUUGUCACUGAGAAUGAUGGAUUAGAGUCUCCAAAAGCAUUAACCAUCGAUCAUGUUGGCAGGCUGGUUGUGGAAGAGGCAGGGGGCAACGUUAAGACAUUCAUUUACAUUUAA